UGCCAUUGACCUCAUCAUUGACCUCAGCUUUCUAAAAUAGUCAGGUCAACCAACACCAGAUAGGACGUUUCCCCGAACGCUGCCUCUUCUGAAUCACCCACUUCAACCCGCCACUGCAAACCCUUCCUUCAUGCAAACAUACAUGCAACUAGAGAGAGAAACUGAGCUACUUUCUCUCUCUACACCCACACAACAACAUGUCUUCCAGGCAUAGGCGCUCACUUCCCAGACUCGACCGAAGAAACGCAUCCAAAAACAUCGAUUACGACGCCUCCUCCUCAUCUGCUGAUGGAUCUUCUCACCGUACUCGUUCACUUGACAGUGAUCAAACUAGUUUUCGAAUGGAAGGAGUUGACGGAGAAUUUGACCUCAUUUGCCGCUCUCUAGGGCUUUCAGGCCCCGAAGCUUUUGCAAUUCCCACUGCUGAUUGGGAAGCUCACAAAGCUUCAUCUCCUUCAGGUGAUGAUUAUAACUUAUCAGAGAGUUUUGUAAGUAAACUUAGGGUUAAUGAUGAUGUGGAGCAUGAGUUAGAGCGUUUUAGGUCAACUGAAGCAGAAGAAGAAGUUAGGGUUUCGGAGAUAAAUGAAAUUGAGAACAAUUAUGAUCAGGUUAAGUGUGUAAUUGAGUGUUCGGAAUUGAGAAAUGGUGUGUGUUUGGAUGCUGGAAUGUGUAAAGGUCGUGAAAGUGGGAUUAAAGGUGUACGGCCGCCGUUACUGGCUCCACCUGCGGUUAUGUUACCGGUUGUUGCGGAUGGGGGUUUGAGUGAAGAUACUGAUGUAGUGGUUGGUGAUGAAGUUGCUGUUGUUGUUGAGGAUGAUGAAUAUGAAGAUGAGUUGUCGUCGAAUGCGGCAACUGAAGUGGAGUAUUCUCUUUCGCCGAAUGGACCUUUGAAGUGCACUUUUGCAAACUGGCAGAAGGGGGAUUUUCUCGGAAGGGGGUCGUAUGGAACCGUUUAUGAAGGCUAUACCGAAAAUGGGGUUUUCUUUGCUGUUAAGGAGGUUUCUCUGCUUGAUGAAGGAAGCCAAGGAAACCCGUGUAUCGUUCAGCUUGAACAGGAGAUUUCUUUAUUAAGCCAAUUCCAACACGAGAACAUAGUUCGGUAUCUUGGGACUGAUACAGGUGAUGGCAAACUAUACAUUUUCCUCGAGCUCAUAACAAAAGGUUCACUAGCAAAUCUCUAUCAUAAGUAUUGUCUCGGAGAUUCCCAAGUAUCUGCAUACACCAGGCAGAUUUUAGGUGGAUUGAAUUACUUACACGAGCGUAAUGUGGUCCAUAGGGAUAUUAAAUGUGCAAAUAUACUGGUCGAUGCAAGCGGUUCUGUGAAGCUUGCAGAUUUCGGGCUUGCAAAGGCAACCAAAUUGAAUGACAUCAAAUCUUGCAAAGGAACUCCGUAUUGGAUGGCACCCGAGGUUGUUAAUCGAAAGAGUAACGGGUAUGGACUUUCAGCUGAUAUAUGGAGCCUUGGAUGCACUGUGUUGGAGAUGUUAACAAGAAAAAUUCCAUACUCACACUUGGAAGGGAUGCAAGCACUGUUCAGAAUUGGCAGGGGUGAACUCCCUCCUAUUCCGGAAACAUUAUCUUUAGAGGCCCGGGAUUUCAUUCUUAAGUGUUUACAAGUUAAUCAGAAUGAUCGACCGACUGCUGCUCAACUAUUGAUGCAUCCGUUUGUCAAGAACCAAAGUUUAUGAAUCAAACCGAUAGAAGCAUAAAUUGUUAAUAGCAUUUUGUUUGUUUCAACCUGCAAACCGAUUGAGUUGAAGAUUGAUUGAUUGUAUUUAAAUUGUAGCGGUUAGCUGAGAAUUUUGAAGACUCGUGUUACAGGUUUGCAGGCGUUGGAAAAUGUAUGUUACAUACCAUUGUUUGGGUAUUGUUCAAUUAUCAAGCUCGAGUUUCGAGUCGAUGUAUAUUGUUUGAUGAUUUUAAUGAAAUAAUAUUUGUAUUGGUUUUACAUCUAAGAAAUAUGUCAAGUUUGCAAA